AUGCGUUCAUGGGCCCAAGAAAAGCCUCCGAACCUCUUCUCCUCCUCUUGCAUCGCCUCGACCACCGGCCGCCGUGUUUCUGUUCCCCUCUUCUCCUUGCGAAUUCUCGCAACCACAUCCGGAGAUCUCCUCCUCACGCGCAAGCACCAAGACGCCGCCGGAUCUCCUCACGCGUGCACCACAGCUGCGACCCCGUUCCCUCUCAUGAGUGCCACACACGCCGCCGACCACCACGAUUCUACGCUGAUCGUUAUCAUCCCAAGCAUUGCUCUGUCGCCAACACAGCCGUGCCCUAACACCUCUCCACCGCUUCUCCAACACUCCUCUCUUGAAGCGGAAAUUCCUCCUCCAAACCGUGAGAAAAGAUACAGGUAAAAGAAAAGUGGACUAGUGGUGGCUGGAGGGCAAUGCAGA